GAGAAAAAUCCAUGCUCAGUUGAGUUUUGCAGCCGGGCCUAAUAGUAGUAGUAAGUGUUAACGGUGAAGUGGAGCAGUGAUAAGUGAUCGAGAAGAGAAAAUACGAAAAUUGCAAUAAAGUUAAAAAAGAGUUUUUUUAUUUUGUGAGAACAUAUUCCUGAAAUAUUUAUUUAAUAUUUGAAAUAAUGUGCAAAAAUGCAUAAAAUUCACACUAAGGCUUAACGUAUUCAAAAAUGUGUAUAACGUUUUAAAGAAAUAAAUACAAGCAACAGUUUGAAUCGGUUUCAACCAGUUCCGUACUUGCCGUGUUUUAAACUUUUCCUUUGGCUUUGCGCCACGCUUGCUAGAGGCCAAUAAAUAAUACCACCGGCGGAAAAAGAAUCCAAAGUCAUUUGUUAAUUGAAGUGCUGAGGUUGUUAUUAUUGUUAUUUGCCAGCCAGCGAAGCAUAGCAUCAGCGCUGAGAAGAAAUUCUGAACAGCUUAUGAAUAAUGGAGAUACCGCAUGAGAAUCCGGCUUUCGUAGGAGAUGAUGGCAAAACUUCUAAUGGCCAUCCAAGACUUUCACGAAACUCAGAUGAAGAGGCGAGCCUACCUAAUAAAGGAGCUAAGGAAAAUGACCGCGCCACCUGGGGUAAAGGUGUUGAGUUUCUUUUCUCGUGUAUAGCGAUGUCCGUGGGAUUGGGCAAUGUCUGGCGUUUCCCCUUUACUGCGCUGGAUAAUGGAGGUGGAGCCUUCUUGAUACCUUAUCUAAUAGUACUGUUUUUAAUCGGUAAACCGAUUUACUAUCUGGAAAUGGCGAUUGGUCAGUUCUCAAGUCGUGGAUCGGUAAAGGUCUUUAAUUUGUGUCCAGCAAUGAGAGGUAUUGGCAUUGGCCAAGUGUUGUCCAUUUCGUUUGUGACUACCUACUAUGUUGCCAUUAUGGGCAUGAUUGUACGAUAUCUGUUUGAUUCAUUCAAAUCACCAUUACCUUGGACAAUAUGCGACGAUGCAUGGAAUGAGACCUGUAUAGCAUCCGGCACAGUUCCCUCAACAGAACCCGUCAUUGAACUGUCAACAGGAGCACCGUUCAUAAACAAUAGCAAGGCUAUGGCUGCAAACUUUAGUGCAACCCCUAGUGUUAUGUAUCAUCAUAACAAGACCAUUUCAUCUGCAGAGUUGUAUUUUAUGAAGGAGGUGCUGCGUGAGAAAGACAACAUCGACGAUGGAAUUGGUGCGCCGAACUGGGAGUUGGUGUUGGGUCUCUUGGUGUCGUGGACAACAAUAUUUCUGGUUAUUAGAAGGGGUGUAAAAAGUUCUGGCAAAGCUUCGUAUUUCUUGGCGCUCUUUCCCUAUGUAAUAAUGGCAGUUUUAUUGGUACGCGCCGUAACCUUGCCAGGUUCUGCGGACGGCAUAAUCUACUUCAUCAAACCCGAUUGGGGAAAGAUUCUGGACCCUAAAGUUUGGUAUGCCGCAGUUACACAGUGUUUCUACUCCCUAUCCGUUUGCUUCGGCAAUAUCAUCAUGUACGCCUCGUACAAUAAAUUCGACCACAACAUCCACCGAGAUGCAAUGAUAGUCACCACUUUGGACACUUUCACUUCGCUAAUUUCGGGCUUCACGAUAUUCGGCAUUCUAGGCAACUUAGCGUAUGAAAUUGGGACUGAUGACAUUGGUACAGUGGUUAAAGGAGGAACUGGCCUUGCCUUUAUUUCAUAUCCGGAUGCCAUUUCCAAGUUCAAAACAUUACCACAGAUAUUCUCCGUACUGUUCUUUUUGAUGCUCUUCAUUCUUGGCAUCGGUUCUAAUAUUGCUAUGACAUCGUGUACAGUGACGGCGAUACGCGAUAGUUUCCCACAGGUUAAACAGUGGCAUUGUGCUUUGGCUAUAUCUAUAAUUAGUUUCUUUAUUGGAUUGGCCUACGUAACGCCGGGAGGUCAAUUCAUUUUGACUUUGGUGGACUUUUAUGGAGCUUCCAUGAUAGCGCUAAUUUUGGGCAUAUUGGAGCUUUAUGUUUUGGGUUGGGUUUAUGGCGUAGAUCGACUCUGCAAAGACAUCGAAUUUAUGAUUGGACAUAAAGUGGGGCGUUAUUGGCGUUGGUGUUGGGCGCUUAUCACACCGGGCAUAAUGACGUUGAUUUUGAUUUACUUCUAUGCGACAUAUCAAUCGCUCACCUACAACAAUGUGCACUACCCAAAUUGGGCUUAUGCAUUGGGAUGGACUAUUACCGCACUGGGUGUUCUACAAGUGCCUAUAUGGGCUGUAGUUGCUAUCGUCCGACACCCUGGCGGUACUUUAAGUGAAAAAGUUCGGGGUGCUUUCCGACCAGUAAGCAGUUGGGGUCCCUCUGAUCCUCUGCUUCGAGAACAGUACAAUAAAGAGCUUGCGAAUGAUAGUAGUUCAAACACUACGGGUUGUUGGAACAAAGUCAAGAAGAAUUUCUGCGGUUAAUCAACUAUUUAUGUGAUUUUUAAGACAGUAGGUGCUGUUUACGACUUGCCAAACUUUGUGUAUUAUAGGUUUUAGA